AUGUGUAAGCUUUCCAAUAUUUUGCGAGAUGAAUUCGAAAAAUUUGAAAAUCAACCAGAUUGUUUCAUUGUAAGUAUUCCAUUUUUACAAAAAUAUCAACGGUCGAGUUGUUCUAAAUAUUUUGAAUUCAAAAUUCGCUUAUUCCAUAAGUCGAGUUGUAAAUAAUUUUUUUAAAGGAAAUUGGGAAAAGGUUUCCGGUAGAUCACGAUUUCCCAUGUGAAUAAAUUAUGAGAAAGGAAACAGAUUAUCAAAGAUUUUUGGGAAACACUAACUUAGGUCUUCAAUUUUUUAAACCUUUCGGAGCAGUUUAAAAAUAAUAAUCUGAUAAAAUGCACUAUUUUUUUCAGAAUACAUGGUCAGCUAAUCCACCACUAGGAAGUUUGGCAGAAAAAGCUAUAAAUACUGGAAAAUUUACAGUGUUAGUUUUAUUCUCAUUCUAAUUAUAACCUAUUUUAAAAGUUCCCUAUUUUUCUAGAAAUUCGCUGUCUAUCGAAGUUCCAUCAAUAUUGUCUUUAUUUAUUCCAUCUCCUUCACAAUCUCCACAAAUUGGAAUAUCUGGAUAUUCAUUAGAAGAAUUGAAAAAUUUGGAUCAAUUGAAAAUGUUAGAAAUUAUGGGAAAAGUUGAUUUGAUGAUGACUUCGAUGGCACAAAGUUGUGAAACUGCAGUUAAAGCACAUGUUGGUUAGUUUGAACAAAGAAACAAUUUGAAAGAAAUAUACAACAUUUUUGUAGUAUCUUCGAAAUAUGAUCAAUGCCAAUAUCUUGUUGCGUAUUUGGAAAUUUUUCCUGAUUUUGUAUUUGGUGGUAGAACUCGUUUGCAUGUGAAUUUCUGUCAAAAUCCAGAUCCGAUGACUAUUUUUGAAACAUAUCGAAUUCGAUUUGUUCACUCAUUUCGCAAAAUAAUUCCACCACCCUUAUUUCAUAGGAUUUGCAAAAUUCUUGAUCAUGAUUCAAAUGUGAAAUGGGUUAUUACAUUUCUAUCCUCUCAAGAUUUUCGUGAUAUGAUUUCAAUUGUGAAACAAGUUUUUGAUAUGGAAGAAUUCGAAAGUUUGAAAGGUAUUCAACCAGAAGAUUGGACAUUGAAAAAGCCUGGAAUGUUGAAUGCACGAAAUAGGAUUCAGAGAAAAUUGGAAGAAGAAUCGAAAAAGUUUUGGACUUAUGAAAAAAUCGGGAACCAUUUAAAAGCUUAG